AUGUUAGUGACUCCCAUUUCUCUGCGGGAUUGUGGUUAUAGAGAGGGUGGAGAUGCAUACUGCACAGCCUGCCCUCCCCACAGAUACAAAAGCAGCUGGGGUCACCGUAGAUGUCAUACUUGCAUCACCUGUGCUGUUAUCAAUUGUAUCCAGAAAGCCAACUGUACAGCUACCUCUAAUACUGUCUGUGGGCACUAUCUGCCCAGGUUCUACCAAAAGACAUGUAUUGGAGGCCUGAAGGAUCAAGAAUGUAUCCCUUGAAUGAAGCAGGCCCCCACCUCUGAGGUUCAGUGUGUAUAUCCAUUGAGCUUAGUGAAGUCAGAUGUACCCAUGGUUUCCCAGCAGGAGGCCACAUUUGCACUGGUGAGCAGUCUGCUCAUGGUGUUUACCCUGGUAUUCCUGGGGCUCUUCUUCCUCUACUGCAAGCAAUUCUUUGACAGCCAUUGCCAGCAUGGGGUUUAGCUCCAGUAUGAGGCUGAUACAGCAGUAGAGGAAGAAUAUCUCCUCCCCAUGCCACUUGGCCAGGAGACCAGUCCUGAGUCCCCACUGAGUGCAAGCAUCUUUGAGACCCAGCCACUUAACCCCAUCCUGGAUGAUGACUGCAGCUCCACUCGUGGCUUCCCCACACAGGGGUUUUUAACCUUGGCCUCCUAUGACUCAGAGAGCCACUCCCACUGGGCCCACAUUCCCAUCAAAUGCACAGAGCUGGACCUGUGAAUGUUUUCCAGCUCUGCCUCCUAUAGUGGAGCUGAGAACCUAGGGGGAAACACAGCUGAAAGCUCUGGAGACAGGCUGGAGCUCAGUGUGCCAUUUGAUGUCCCCAGCCCUUAA